AUGGAGGUCGGCUCCGAUAGCACCAUUGAAAAUCAGGGGCAGACCAAUGAAAACCAUGCCCACGGAAUGUGUGCUCAGGAAUCAAUAAGGGGAACAAAGGCAAAACGCUCUAAACAGCGUCCUUGUGAUGCUUGUCGCAAAAGAAGAUCGAAAUGUGUCAUCGAAGAGCCAAAUCAACCAUGUUUUCUGUGCAACUUCCAUAGCAUUGAAUGUACGUUCCGCGAUCCCCCACAGAAGAAGAAGAAACUGACCGAUUCCGCAUCAGCGCAGGAUCCAGUACCUCUCCACAGUGAGUUGGCUUUUGAGUUUUCGAAUUUACCCGAAAUUCAUCUCAAUCCAACCACUCCGUCCAACGACUCUAUAAUUCGGGCAUUUGAGCAAGAGCAGAUCAUAACCUCGGCGAAGACCGAAAACUCAAACUACUGUGGAGCAUCCAGCGAAUGGGAUCCCUCACUUAUCAAUCUUCUGCCAUCAGGAAGUGUCUUUUUAUCACCUGUUCAGGGAAAAAGACUAAUUGAAAGAAGGUUUACCAAGAUCACCAACGAGUCGGGAUUUUUGCACGUUGAAGUGAGUUUACCAUUUACUGACACCCACAUCACCAAUAUCAACACAAUAGUAGGGCCCCAUGGUCCUGUUUUAGUCGAACUGUACUUUCGAAUUGUUCAUUCGUCCUUUCCAAUUGUUGAUAAAAACUUAUUCUUUCAACAGUAUGAAACGAAUCCAGGCUCGCUAUCUCCUUCACUCCUUGCAUGUUUAUAUCUCUUUGCAUUGAACUGGUGGACAUUUGAAGCCUCGCUCUCCCUUACUCCAAAGCCCUCCCAAGAAGCAUUAGAGACACUUGCCGAAGAGUAUCUAGCGAUCGAAGUGAAGCAACCGACACUUUCAACCGUUCAAGCAGGGUUGCUGUUGAUCCAGCAUCAAAAUUUUAGAGAUGAGUAUGCAUUUCCAGGACGAUCCUGGGCCCUACAGGCACAGAUAGUGGCAAUUGCACAGCAGCUUGGACUAGAAGAAGAUUGUUCUGCGUGGACGAUACCUUUUGAGGAGAAAAUACUACGCCGCAGGGUGGCAUGGGCACUGUUUAUGCAGGAAAAAUGGCUAGCUUUAAAUCAGGGAAAACGCUCGCAUAUCCAAACACAAAAUUGGGGGUGUAUACCUCUUAGGUUUGAAGAUCUUGACUGUCACUGUGAGAACGGCUUGCUCCCCAGCGACGGUUCGAUUGAUGCCAAAAUUGGUGGUGAAUUGUUCAUUGAGAUGGUGACACUUUCUACCAUCGUGAGUGGCAUCCAGGACAAGCUCUACAGCAGGGACGCGCAGAAAUUAUAUCAAAAUUUAGCUGACCCAAUCACGAAUUUGAAAUGUUUGCUAGAGACACUGCGUCCAUUACAGCAACAGUUGAAAGAUUGGGAGUCUCGAGUUCCAUCGCAGCUUUUAAACGAGGAUGUUCCGCGCGGCCAUAUCUCGCCUAUCCCAAACUUGCAGAUCUCCAUUAUCGCAGCACGAAAUUAUCUGCUGAAGCCCGCAUUAACAUUGCUGGUACUUGCAAAGUCCAAAUCUUGCCUUGUUGAUCGCGAGUUCAUAGAGAUUCAAAAAGUUCUAUUCGACAGAACAUUCCAGGAUUUCCAGUCGGCUGUGAAUUUUCUGAGCGCAAUGAAGGCCGAGCAUUUCCAAACUUUCUGGUAUUGCUCUGCGAAGCACGCAUUCUCUAUGACGGUGAGUUUUGGAGUCAUGGUAAUGUUAUCUGCUGGUAGCAACGAAGAUUACAUGGCUUGUCUGGACAAAUUGGAAGAGUUUAGGUGGAAGCUGCAGAUAAACUCUAAAACCGCCGAGUUCUUACAACACUCGCGCCAAUGGCAGGAUCAACUGUCCCUUGUUUUGAGCAUUAAAUUUCAAACUCUUGCAAGACUUGAACUGUAUAAAAAAAUGAAUUACUUCCGGAACAGCAGGUUAUUCCUGGCUCCUCGAAUCCGUUUCAACUGGCAGGCAUAUACUUUCCGAGGAUAUUCCACUGAUGCUGCGUCGAACACGAAUCUGGUCACAGACCUGGCCGGGGACAAGGCUAUCAAUAUUUACGUUCAUGGAAUAUUCUUUCACCGAGAGAAGGGUAAGCCAGCAUACGGGGGUGGCGGUGUCUACAUAGCUCCCAAUCAUCGCGAUAAUCUUGGGUUCCGUGUUACAGGAAACGAUGUAACCGCUUUAACAGCUGAUCUCACUGCAGUCAGAGAAGCACUUCGUAUAGUGAUUAAACGAUUGCAUGAAAAGCCGCAUGUCAAACACCAGAUUAUCAUCGACUCGGAAAUGGCAUAUGUUACUCUCACCAAGUGGAUUUACAGAUGGAUGUACAAUGGAUGGGUCAAUUCGAAGGACCAGCCGGUUGCCAAUAGAAACGAACUCGCGGUGAUAAUGUACUACCGCAAACUCAUCAGCAAGGAGUAUAGAAAGCGUCGAUGGGGAACCUUGCGUUUUAAGUACGUCGUUCCUCAUAAGAACUCUCAUGAACUAAAAAUGGCCGAAACUAUGGCGGUCAAUGCCUGUCGAUAUUUUGACGAUUUUAAGAACGUCAAACGUCCAGAUCACAAAUGCGUCAAAUUUGUUGCCAGACAGGUUUACUCGGAAUUUUUGAGUCGGAAAGACCUUACAGAGCAUCGAAGACUUCUCAUGGAGGAAGAGCGUUUGGAAUAA